AUGUCGGAAUACUCUGAGGCUUGCGUCAAAUCCACUGAGCUUUUUUCAAAGACUUCCAAAUACCACUCCAAGGAGAAACAGCCUGAGUGCUGCACUCCACCACAGUGUUCUUUACUUUGCCGUUCAAUGACGGAGAGUAAAGAUUCAAGUGGCUCCUGUGACACGUCUGAGCCCUCACAAAUGCCACUUGAUUUUAUUCCAAAUUCAACAGUAAUCUUGCCCGAAAGAGUCCUGGGGCCCGAGUCUGUUCCUUUAAAAGAAGUCAUGGAGUCAAACGAUAACCAAAGUCACACCAGCAGUCUAUUGCUAUCACACCAGUCGGACAGUUCGGAGUGUGACUCAGCAGUCGAACCCAUGACAGAACUCCACAUCUAUGAAAGUGAGACCCAAGACUUUAUCCUCAGACCUUCUGUUGAUCCUCUGGAGAUUGAUUGUCCUGAAUACCUGUCACUGGUGGGGAUGAAGGGCGAGUCAGAGCUUUACUGUAACACAGAGUCUCUGGAUGAAUCACCGGCAUCUCAAGGUCAUGAUGACCGCUCCGAGAAGACGGCUGUGCUGGGCUGUGAGUCACCUCUCAGCAGGUAUAAAGCCUUGAGCACUGCGGAUGAAGGGACAUGUGAGUCAGGGUUGAAGACAGAAAGUGUGGCGAAAGCAGAGGGAGGUGAGUUAACCUCACAAGUCAGGGAGAGUGACAGCCAAGUGGAGCUGUGGCUGGAUGCUUGUCAGUAUCUGACGGAUGACGAGCCAGAGAAAAGGGACCUCUUGGAACCGAUGAAACUUCCUGUGGCACAAGAGGAACCCGCUGAUAACGAGGACUUGUUUUUUCCCCAAGAACAGGCGCAAGAGUCGAGUUACGUGCCAGACUGCAGUGACAGGAUUGGCUGGUCUGUUCACGACCGAGGCAGGGGCCCACCGGUUCAGAGGUGGUCUUCAGUCGACAGCUGGGCAACUGCACUCUCUGACUGGACCGGGAUCAUCUCAGCUCAGCCCGAAGAGAUCACAGCCACUUUCACUGAGAUCGGGGCAGAGCUAGACGCUUUAACACAAGCCCUCGCAGACGUGGACGUAAACAAAGGCGGAGGUGCGGAAGGAGCCAACAUGGGAGUACAAGAUCAGCCUCAGAACAUGCCACAAAAUCCCAUUCUGUCCUUUGAUCUGGUGGCACCAGGAGGUGAGCAGACUGACAGAGAGAGCAUCCAGACUCUGGAAUCACUGUGUGGAUCGAUAAUUGCAGCUCGAGAGCAGAUUGAGUCAGAGCUGCACCCAUCUGUGUGUCUAUCUGGCGGGAGGGAGCCCUCCACCACUGAUUUGAACUUUAGCCACUUGAGACAGUAUGAAGAAACAUCAAUGAGAGACAUUCAAAGCAGUAAGGAAGAAAUCAUUCUCCAGAUAAUCGAAGACACAGAGGCUCAGGAGGUGGAACGAUCUCGAGCGAGUAGCUUGGAGGUCAAUCAGAUCAUCAAACCAACCCCUGCAAAUGAAGCUGAAACUCCUUCCGACGUUCUUCCGACACUAACUGUCUCUCACGUGUGUGGUGCGGACACAGAGAGCAGACAGACACACGUGCCAGCCAGCACUCUUGACAGAGCAUGUCAGGUGGAGCCUAAGAGGGGGGGUCUUGAGUUUAUGAUGCCCUCAGCUCCUCUUAGGAUCAGCUCCUCCCACUGGCCGAGCAGCAGUUUGGAUGGGGAUCUGAUUUGCGAUCGCGGUUGUGAGGAAAAACUCUGCAAUGGAAACACUUCUCAGGCGGAAGAUAAUAAGGACUUGAGCGAUAUUAAAAAAGAAGACUGUUCAUCUGAUAAACUUUUGAAUUCACUUGCGUUCAGUCCAAAAAAGACGCUCAUCGAGGAGAUCAGUGAUUUCAGCAGGGAUUUAUCAAACCUGAUUCCACUCUCGGAGGAACGUUUAAAGAUUUCAGAGGAGAACCGUGUUGCAGUUUUUACGUUAGACAUCAAUGACCCCUUUGCGUCAAGAAUCGCAAAACAAGGCAGCAGAGAACUGGAGAAAGUUGGUCUGAACACCAAAAUAUCUGAGAGGAUGCCGAACAAAAGCCACAAAAAGGAGAAGUCUGUUCCUCAUCCAUCAGCGAGGAAGCAGGAGAACUUGACUCCAGGACUUCCACAGGAGCAGAUCAGCAAACAGAAAGAAAAUGUCACAGGAGAAAAUCAGAAAAUAAAGACUGAGCUUGAAGACAGGAAUAACACACCUCAGGGUGAAGCAGAGUUUGAGAAGGUCAAACCACACAGCAAGAAAAAGAAGAAACAUGGUCAGCAUGCAGGUGGGGUAAAGCUGACGAUAGGCUCUCAAAGUGAUGUUGAGAUCACUGCAACGCAGAAGACUGCAAAAGGAAGGAUUGACAUGUUUGAGGCCAAAAUUUCUCCCACAGACAAGGAGACGAGCGAGAAAAAGCAACAAGAUGGAAAACAUAGCCACAAAGAACAUAAGGAACCGAAGCCGAAGACUAAUGAUUGUCCUCCCAGUGAAGACGUUGUGAAGAGGAGACGCCUCUCAGAGGACAAGUUCGGGAAGAUCGUCGGUGCAUUGGAGUCUAAACUAGGAAAGCUUGGAGCUCCAGCCCACGACAGGAAGGAGCUGUCAAAGACAGAUGCUGGAGCGACACGGAAGAAGACCUUCAGCGAAGUCGUCAAGCAAAAGCCAGUUACACCUAAAGAAGAGCCCAAAGUCCUGAAGCCCAUUCAGGUGCUGCCAGUGAGUGGAGACCCACAAAGCCUUUGCUUGUGGUGUCAGUUUACCACCGUGUUCACUCGGCACACUGUGACAUGGAGGCGAGACGGAGUCACCCUGGCCGAGGUCGACAGAAGUGCAGGGGAUGAAAGCAGAGUGUCACUGACCAUCUCAAAUGCGUCCCACAAAGAUCUGGGCAAGUACCAGUGCUGCCUGCAGAGCUCCCAAGGGUCAGUUACUCUGGAGUACCUGCUCACCUAUGAAGUGCUGAGUGAAGUGGUCAUCCCUUUGUCUCCGACAACCAUCUCAAUCGCACCAGUCGAGGUGGAAUGUGAAGAAGAGGACGUCCGUUGCUCAAAGCUGAUGUUCAAAGAGGAUUUCCUCACGCAGCAGUUCUUUGGUGAGGACCACGGCGUCAGCAUACUGACAGAGAAGGUCCAUUUUGGGGAGGGGAUGCACCGGCGAGCGUUCAGGACCAAACUGCAGACGAGUCAGGCGCCUCAGCUCCUGCCAGGACACUCCUGCGUGCUCAAAGUGCAUAACGCCAUCAGCUACGGGACCAAGAGCAGUGAGGAGCUGAUCCAGAGGAACUUCACUCUGGCAGUAGAGGAGUGCCAGGUUCAAAACACAGCCAGGGAGUUCAUUAAAGCCUACACAGCUGAAGCUCAAGGCUGCGAAGCCUUUGGAAAAGUCCCAGAGAUCAUUCCAAUCUUUCUGGUUCACCGUCCAUCCAACGACAUCCCCUACGCCACUCUGGAGGAAGAGCUGAUCGGAGACUUUGUCAAGUAUUCGGUCAAAGACGGUAAAGAGAUCAACCUCCUGAGACGAGACUCCGAGGCCGGACGGAAAUGCUGUGCAUUUCAGCAUUGGGUCUACGCCAAGACUGAUGGCAACCUGCUGGUCACUGACAUGCAGGGAGUCGGGAUGAGGCUGACUGACGUGGGAAUAGCCACCUGUAAGAAAGGCUACAAGGGCUUCAAGGGGAACUGCUCCACCUCCUUCAUUGAUCAGUUUAAAGCUCUGCACCAGUGCAACACCUACUGUGAGAUCCUUGGCCUCAAAUCUCUGCAGCCGAAACCCAAAAAAACGGCGUCCGCUCCUAAAGCCAAACCACAGCCGUCCGCCAUCCCGAAGAAAAAGAUGUUUGGGCCGACAGUGAAAGGAAAGUCAUAACAGUGGAAGGAGUGCGGACACCGGUAGCAGCUCUACAGGACGUCCGCACUUACUCCGUGACGACUGAAACACUUGAGAAGUGAUGCGGUUUGUCGCAUCAGUCAUGUCUUAGAUUUGAUAUCUAAAGUCCACGUGAGAGUUUAUACUUUUGAAAUGCAUUAGUUCAUUAAAUUAAUGAACUUUUUUAAUUGCUUGACACACAGCUGUGUAAAAUAUUGAAUGUCUGAUGUGAAGUGAGUCAGUAUUUGGUGACAUAUUUAUUUAUUGUUUCAGUUAAGAAACAGAUUAUUAUGCGAGUUCAGAGUUGAUUUAUUGAAUCAGUUCAUGUGUGAUUUGGUGUACAGCAACAUCAAUGCAAAGUUAGUGUUCAAGUUUAUUGAACAAACAAUUUAUAUUGGAAUGGCAAAAAAGAUUGACAGUGUUUUUAAAGAUAUUUAAAUUGAACACUGUUCAUCCAUGUCACCUGGGCGAAUGAAAAAGCUCUUGGGUUUGCUUGAUUUGUCUGAUCAAAACCGUGAUCGGAAGCUAAAGGCUAAUAAAAAAAAUGUGU